GUUAAUUUGCUGAUAGAAACAAUACUUGCACUUCCUACACGAAACAGUCUCGAUGCAUCAACAGUAACGUGCACUAUUACUUUUAGUUUUGUGCAAAUAUAUAUAUAAUUUUUGUUACUUAUUAAUAUGCCCGUUCCUACAUGCUCGGGAGGCUCGUGUACUAUUUCGAGACCAAAAAAAUCUACUACCACCAAAUCUAAGCCAAAAUCAACUUCAUCAGGAGCAAAAACGACUGGCGCGAAGAAAACUACAGCCAAGAAGACGACGACCAAACCAAAGUCGACAACAACAAAGGCUAAAUCGACGACAACAAGGAAAUCGACAAAUACAACAAGGAAGUCAACAACAGGCUCCAAGACAAAAACCGCUGCGCGGAAAUCAACAACUACACGCCGACGUGACGACAGUUAUUAUAGCUGUUCUUCCGGUGGUUGUUACUAAUAUUGACGAGCGGGACUUGACGCUACUGAGGAAGAGACUUUUAAUGAUUAUGGUUUAGAAAAAGUUGAAGAAAAAAUGUGACCAAUAUUUUUGUUUAAUUUUUUGUUUAAAUUUAAAAAUGUUUAUGUAUUUAAAAAAAUGUAAAAGCUUUGUGAGUUUUAUAUAAAAAAAAAUAGUGCCUACGGGUACA